GGUUACUGCUCGUCUCCAUAAUAGCGUGUCAGGCUGAUGCGUAUCAGUGCUGUCAGCUGAGGAAAGGUGGAUCCUCCACUACAAGCCCACACCUCUCAUCCUCCUGCUGUCAUGCGUGCAGCACAGCAGCUCCAUCCACCUCCACCUCUCUGACUGCUGCUGCGGCCGACGGCGACUCUCGCACCCGCGUCCACGCUGGAAAACUGAGGCUGAGUCCGACGCAAUGAACGGUUAUGGGUCUCCGUACCUCUACAUGGGGGCUCCGGUGUCACAGCCUCGGGCCCCCCUCCAGAGGACCCCCAAGUGCGCGCGCUGCCGGAACCACGGCGUGCUGUCUUGGCUCAAGGGUCACAAGCGCUACUGCCGGUUCAAAGACUGCACCUGCGAGAAGUGCAUCCUCAUCAUCGAGCGGCAGCGCGUCAUGGCGGCGCAGGUGGCGCUCCGGAGGCAGCAGGCGAACGAGAGCCUGGAGAGCCUCAUCCCGGAGUCCCUCAGAGUGCUGCCCGGCAUCGGCUUAGCUGGGGCCGGCGAGGGGAAUCAGCCAGCCCCGCCGAGGACCGAGGAGCUGGAGCUGAGGUGGAGCAGCACGGAGCCGGGGCAGCCCGGAGCACCUCAGGAAACAGAUGAAGAUGUUUCAGGAAAGAGACACGAUGUUUCAGCAGGAGAGAACGGAGAGAGCUCCAGCGAGAAGGAGCAGGACGCGGUCAGCUCACCGGAGGCCUCCAAACCGAACUGCUACACCCCCGAGUCUCCGGGGACCCCCUCCCUGCCAGAGGAGAGCCGCUACGGCCUCCCUAAAGCCGGGAGCGCCGAGAAGGAGGCCAAAGCCGAGAGUCCGCAGAAGUAUCCGGCCAGCCCCGCGGAGCAGGGCGUGCUGAUCGAGGGCCUCGGCGGCUCAAUCACGCUGCCCCUCAGCCUCCGGGCCAACCGGCCCCCGCUCGAGGUGCUCAAGAAGAUCUUCCCCGCCCACAAGCCUCCGGUCCUGGAGCUCAUCCUGCGGGGCUGUGGGGGCGACCUGGUGGGGGCCAUCGAGGUGCUGCUGUCUAGUCGGAAUCCUGACGCCAGCGCGCCACCGCACGCGGACGCGCACGCGGACGCGCUGGUGCUGCCCUCCAACGGACACCUGUUCGAGCCCGGCCUGGGCUCCUACCACCCGGCGUCCUCCUCCGCCAAGUGGUCCGUGGGCUCCGCCUUCCGGGUCCCGGACUCGCUGCGCUUCACCUCCGACUCCGCCGCGGGGGUGGUGUCCACGGGCGCGCUGGGGGUCCCCCUGCAGCACCCGUCCUUCCCGCAGCCCACGCGCUACCCGCUUAUGCUGCGCAGCUCUCUGACGCGCAGCCACGCGGGCCCCUUCGUGCACAACGACGUGACUCUGUGGAACUCCGUGGCCCUGCAGCAGCAGUAUCAGCUUCGCUCCGCGGCGCAGUACGUGUCCCCGUUCCCCCCUGGCGCCCCCGGCGGGCCCGGGUUGUUCCGAGGCUCAACCCUCCUCCCCUCCAGGCCCUCCGAGGAGCCGCGCGUGGGCAUCCAGGAGGAGGGGUGCCCGCUGGGGCCCAAGCCGGGCCUCUACUCCCCGGAUGAGGAGUACGAGGAGCGCUCUGAUUCCGCAGACUCCCGCAUCCUGAACUCCUCCAGCUGAACCGGAGACUGAGGAACAUGUGUCACCGUGACAGGACGUGUGCGUGGACGGCGUUGACUGUCCUGUCUGAGCUGAGCCGUGGGAGCAAUCACUCCGAUGAACCUCAAACAUCAGCCUCGCGCUUCCCACACUGGACUCGACCAAAGCGGGUGAAUGUAACAGACUCAUUAUUCUGAAAGCGUCUCAGCUGUUUCCUGUAAGCAUGUGUAGUACUGUGAAAUCUGCCGUGUCCGGAUCACGGCUGCAUGUCGAGUAAUGCCAAAUAAAUGU